AUGGUUGAAGGUAUUAAUUACAUAGGGCUUGAAAAAUGGGGGGAAGUGUUGGUGAGAAUGAUGGUGACAGUUUGCUGGAAGAAGAAAUCAAAAUUCUUUGAUAUCGAGUAUUGGAAAUACCUUCCUGUGAGGCAUGUCCUAGAUGUUAUGCACAUUGAGAAGAAUGUUUGCGAUAGUAUCAUUGGUACAUUGCUGGAAAUCCCUGAAAAAACUAAAGACGGGAAAACUGAUUUGCAACCCGAGUAUGGAGAAAGACAUACUCGCUUGCAUCCAAGGCCUUGGAAUUUGUCAAGAGCAGAGAAAGAGCGACUUCUUGGCCUUAAAUCUCAUGAUUGUCAUACCUUGAUGCAACAAUUGCUCCAUGUGGCAAUUCAUUCUGUUUUGGAGAAGUCUGCAAGAUAUAUGAAAGUGCUAAAGGGGUAUGUUCAAAACCAUACUCGUCCCGAAGGUUGCAUUGCUAAGCGGUAUAUAGCUGAAGAAGCUGUAGAGUUUUGCACCGAGCAUUUAUCUGAUGUUAGUACAGUUGGAGUGCAUCAAGCCAAAGAUGGGAGUUUUCAAAGCCAUUAUCAGGUUGCAUAG